AUGGCCGCUUCCCCGCUCGCCUUCCUCUCCGUCCUCGCGCUCCUGGUCGUGUCGGCCUCCGCGCAGGCGCCAGGCGCUGCCCCCGCGGCUGCGCCCCAGGCCCCUCCUCCCCCGCCGGCCACCCCUCCCCCCGCCCCGGCGCCGGUCUUGCCGCCUCCUACCCCGGCACCGGUGUCGCCGCCACCUACCGCGGCCCCGGUGCCCGCGCCGGACACCGCCCCCACGCCCUCCGCGGCCGCCCCGGCGCCGGCCGACGCCCCGAUGUCCUCCCCGCCCGCGCCCACCCCGGACAUGUCGCAGGCACCCAGCGCCGAGCCGACCACCCCUGGGAGCGGCGCCGCCGGCCUCCGCCCCGCCUUCGUCCUGGCUGCCGUUGCGGCCGCCGUCUACGUCUUCUAG